CCAAUCAGCGAUGAGCUGUUCGGGCCGCUGACGUCACAGCACAAUGGCGACCACGGCGCGGAAGCCGAGCGGGUCUCGUUCUACGGUCGGCGAGUCCAGUAAGAAAAUGUCCAGCGCCUCCGACUGCCUGGGUGUGCUGUUGGAGCUGCUGGUAGACUUUGGAAGAGAGCUCAACUUGGGCGACGCGGCGCUGAGAGUGGACGUCAACGUGGAUGCUGCGAGUCUUCAGUCUUCGGACGCAGCUCACGUUUACAGCUGUUUGCAGCAGCACAUCACUAACUUACAGACUGUGUCAGAAAGCCUGAGGACCCUGACGAAGGCUCACAGUCACACAUUAUUGGCGACUAAGAAGGAGACACCACGUGACGCCGUGUCCACGUCUGCUCUUGAAGACCCGACCCCGUCCGAGCGAGGCCCUCCCCUCCCCGACGCCGCGGCGGCAGCGUCAGACGCGACCAGUGACGUCCUGGUGCAGAUCCGAGCGGGCAAGUCCGAGAUCGAGCGGAGAAUAUCUGCAUUUAUGGAGCGCAAGCAGAUGGAGAUCAAUGAAAACAAUGUGCGCGAGUUUUGCAACGUGAUCGACUGCAAUCAGGCAGAGAACAGUUGUGCCAGAACCGAUGCAGUGUUUACGCCUUACCCGGGAUUUAAAAGCCACGUGAAAGUCACGCGGGUAGUCAACACGUACGGCCCUCAGACGCGCACGGGGGUCCAAGGAGAGGCCUUCGACCAGGCACGGAGCUUGGCCACGCGAGACUGCGGCAAUCCGGCCGUCGAGGAACGCCUCAACAACAUGGAAUUUCACCUCAAACUCCCGACAGCGGGUCCGGUUCCAUUGAGCGUCUACCAGAGGUUGAAGAAGCUGGAGGACCGCAUCCUGCAGUUGGAGGGACUCUCACCAGAAUACUUCCAGUCCUCAAACCUGGCGCACAAACGACUCAAGACGUCACCCGCUCAGGCCUGCAGCCUGACGGAGUUGGACGAAAAGAUCAACGCCGUCAGAGCGGCCCUGCGAAAGAAAGCCAACGAGUUCAGACCCGAGUACGGCUCAGAGUACCCGCUUUGACCUCAGGUGGAAUACUUGUAAAGUAGAUGGAUUGCUAUUAAGAUGCUGUCGGACUCACUUAUAGUGGGUUUACAUGUGCAAAGCUGGACAGCCAGUUAACAUCAAGUCAUUUACAAAAGGUAAACAUGGAGCUAGCAGUUACACAGCAGAUAAGCACGCAAUAGAACAGCACAUUUAUCAAUAUAAACAAGUAUCAAAUACUUUUAGUUGCAUAUUACUUUCA